UUUUUUUUUUGGCCUGAAAAGUAACUAAUCUUGAAGCAAGCAUCUUCAUAGCAUUGUUGCAGGAUCAAAGUCAAACGCGUUUCUCUCAUUCGUUACCUUACCCUGCUAAGUUACUCGAGGAAACUUCCUUCCAGCUUCAGGUCUCCCCUUCAUUUCUUAUAAAAGAUCCACAAGAACCUAUCAAUUUCUGUCAUUGUCAUCCCAAUCUCAGGCCACACAUUGAUAUGAAUUACUACGAUCAGCACCAGCAUCAAGCUCCAGUCGGGGUUCCUCCUCCGCAGGGGUACCCACCAAAGGAUUCUUAUCCCCCGCCAGGCUACCCAGUGCAAGGAUAUCCUCCACCAGGCUACCCCCAGCAAGGCUAUGCCCCACAGUAUGCCCAAGCCCCACCGCCUAGGCAAGAGACUGGUUUUCUUGAAGGAUGCUUAGCGGCACUCUGCUGCUGUUGUCUGCUGGACGCUUGCUUUUGAAGAGAGGUGUCUGUUAAGCUCCUUCGCGGUCAUUCCAAGAGCCAGCAUCAUUGGCAUCUUCUUUGAAGUAUUCUGUGAUUGAGCAGUAGGAUUUCUUGUUAGCUUUUAUCACAGACCACAACUGGUCCCAGAAAUGUAUUUGUAUGACUCAGAUAUUUUAAAAGACUCCAUUAUUGUCUGAAUAUUUUGACAUUUGAAUGUUUGCCCUUCCCUUUUCUUCCACU